AUGCGAUUUCCGAUCUCGGGGUUGUUGUUCAUGGUGGUGUCGGCCAUGAUGGCCCGGGCAUCCCCCGUCCAGACCGCGGCUCCCCAGCCCGGGGUGGUACCGCGGGAUGCCACCCCCACUACAGCGACGGACCCGGGGACCACGGCGACCACAGCGACCACAACGACAGAUGACUUUGAAUUCCACUUGACCUUGAGCUUGGAUUUGCCCACAAAUACAUGUACGCCUACCAUAUCGCCCGACAAAAAUGGUUGGGUACCACCCUCAGAGUGCAACGCCUUGUACCUAUAUUACCCGUCUUUUGGAGCCGCAGUCGCUGCCGCUGUAAUUUUCACGCUCCUCACGAUGGCACACUUUGUGCAAGCGACAAUUUACGCCGCGGGAUUUGCCUGGGUCAUCCUCAUGGGAGUCUCAUGGGAAGCCGUAGCUUACGCAGUCCGCGCCUUUAGCACUCGCAAUCAGCAGAAUGAUACUGUUGUGACCGUCGCCCAGAUGUUUGUUCUGUUGGCUCCAUUGUGGGUCAAUGCAUUCGACUACAUGGUGUUGGCUCGGAUGAUCCAUUUCUUCGUCCCCGAGCGUCGCAUCGGCAUGUUCAAGCCCUCCCUACUAGCCAAGAUCUUCGUCUUGCUUGACUUCGUCUCAUUCAUUAUCCAAAUGAUUGGUGGCUUUAUGGCCACUGGGACAGACCAGCAGCAAAUGGACGGCAUCCAUCUCUACAUGGGCGGUAUCGGAAUCCAGGAGUUCUUUAUCGUAUGCUUUUUGGUACUGGCCCUGCAGUUCCACCGAUUGAUGCUGCAGUUGGAGCGAGCUGGCCGACUGCCUGUCGAGAAACAGAACUGGCGUCGACUCCUCUAUGCUCUAUAUGGCAGUCUCAUCGCAAUUACAGUGCGUAUCAUCUAUCGCUUGAUUGAAUUUUCCGCCGGCUACCAUGAGUCAAAUCCCAUUCCAUACCAUGAAUGGUAUAUGUAUGUGUUUGAUGGCAUGCCCAUGGCCUUGGCCAUUCUCGUCUGGAACUUCGCGCCGCCGGGUGCUGUGCUACAAGGUCCGGACGCGAAAAUGCCCUCUAGUGGCAUUGGAAAGUGGCUCUUCUGCAAUGGCUGUGGAUGCUGUGGUGGAUGUUGCUGUCGAAGCUGCCGGAAGCCCAGGAAGGGAAAGAAGAAUAUGCAACGACUACCCGAUCACGAUGUAUACGGCGAUGACGUGCCACUUCAUAGCAGAGAAUCAUCUCCAUACCGCGAUACAUACACUGGUCGCCACUGA